AGUUAGCUCCACUUUAAGGAAUACGGCUUCUCUCUGUUUCUUUGCUUUGCUUCCUGUGAUUAGCCAAAUGAAGCGCUCCACUGGUGCCCUUGUUUGGGUCUGCCUAGUGCUGGGCCUUGGAAUGCUCAUCCAUGGCACCCACGCCCAAAACUCUCCCCAAGACUUCCUUGCUCCUCACAACGCAGCUCGUGCUGAAGUUGGCGUCGGCCCAAUGUCUUGGGACGACGAGGUCGCAGCCUACGCCGAGGGCUAUGCGAACCAGAGGGUUGGUGACUGCAACCUGGAGCACUCAGGUGGCCGGUAUGGGGAGAACAUCUUCCAGGGCAGCGGUUCUGGGUGGACCGCCGCAGAUGCCGUGAGCGAUUGGGUGAAUGAAAAGACCAACUACGACUACGACACCAACACAUGUGCUAGUGAGCAGAUGUGCGGGCACUACACUCAGAUGGUGUGGCGCAAGUCGGUGCGGCUGGGCUGCGCCAGGGUCGAGUGUGACAAUGGUGGCACCUUCAUUACCUGCAACUACUAUCCUCCUGGUAACGUUCAAGGCCAGCGUCCUUACUAGAUAUAUAGUGUGUGCCAAGUUAACAUUUGGCUUGGCCCUGAGUUUACUUUGCGUUGUAAUAAUCAGAGCAGCAGCUCAGCUCGUCUACUUGGAAUAAAAUGUAAGACUGGAUGCAUACUGUAGUUUAAAUAAAUAAAUAUAGAUAUUAGUGGCCGUUUGCACAUGAAUCUACCCUCCCCAAUGUUCAAGGCAGAUU